AUGAAGAAAUUCACUGGUAUUGUGAUUAUCAUGGCAUUGGUUCUGAUGCAAAACGUCGACCAAACUGAAGGAUUUGGUGAGUUUAGUGACAGAAUUAUGAUUAAUAAAUAUAUCUCACAUACAUUCGCGAAAAAUGAAGUUCAAAAGGAUCAACAUCCGUGCAUCGAACACCAAGCCCUAACCAAAAAUUUACACACACUUCCCGUUUCUGCCAACUCCGCCGGGGUAAAACUAAUAACUGUUCGAUCGCUGGCGUUGAAAGGUUCGACUCACAACCUAAAUAAUUAAUUUAGUUUUGCGAACUUCACUUGCGCUCUUCGCCGACAAUAGCCCCCGUUUCAGUUUUCCAAAUGUAGGUUGUCUGCCAGUAAUGUUUCUUUAUAUGUACACAUAAUUUAUGAAGAGACAAAGGGGCAAAUUCCCCGAAACCUUCAUUGCAAAAAUAAAAAAUACAAGCUAAAAAGGUCUAUUGCAUCCAGGAAUUAUUAUUUGCAUAUACAAUUGUCUUCCUAAGUAUAGCUGAUUAUCCCUUUAAAAAGAUUAUUGAAACAGAUCUAUUUUGGAUUAUAUUUGACUGAAAACCUUUGAAAUGAAAAUGUUUAAAGCUGGGGAAUGGCUUGUCAAUCUUUAGUAGAUGGGUCAUGGAUGGGUAGAUACACAACUAGCACAAGUCCCUCCAUUAUUCAGGCAAGGCUUAUUCCCUGAUGUCUGGUAGGCCGGGUGGCGUCGACGCGUCCUACUAGGUACAUAAGGCCAUGAAAGAUGGAGUAAAGUAUUUCAUAUUUCAUUACAGCUCCAGGCGGCUGCAAUGUUCCCAUACAUCGUGGUUCUGGAGGGAUUGCCAAUGGAAACAACCGUCCCAGGGGUCAUAGUUUUGAAGUCAACGUUGGACAGCAGAAGCGAGACGGUAGCCACUGGAAUGUGAGGUACAAAAACAACCGAGACGAGCACAAUAUUAAUGUCAACGCAGGGCAACAGAAACCUAAUGGAGAUCAUUGGAAUGUUGAUUAUACUCAUGAUAUGAAAGAAAAUAAGUAA